GUGCGCGAGUCGGACUGUCCUGGAAAGUACGAGUUGUACUUGAAUGCAUCCUCGAAUGGAGAAUGGCGACACCGGCCAUGACAGGAGGGUCUAUGAUGAUGAUAAUUGUGAUGAGAAGGGAGGAGGAAAAGGAAGAGAAAUAAAAGCUCAUGUGUGUCGGUGAGCGAAGAGAGAGUGAAGAAGAGGGACACAAAAGGGCUCAGAGACGAAGGAGAAAGAAGUAAAGAAGCUUCGAACAAGUUGUUUCUGGCAUUUUUCACCUUGGCUGACAUCGACGAGCGUCAGGCAUCACUGGAGGGACCUCACAGUGGGUGUGGCUUACCCUCUUUCCCUGUUCUGCCCCCCCGCACCCACUUGCCUCCUCUGAAUGACUCACCGAAACAUGCCUGUGGUGUCGACAAACACCGAUCUACAUGAGACCCUGGCCCUGCUCACCUCUCAGCUUCACCCUGAUGCCAACCACAAGGAGGACCUGGUCUUCCUUAAAGGUGUCUUUAGUGAGAAAAGCCUCGGCUACCUCAUGAAGAUCCAUGACAAACUGAAGCAGUAUGAGAAGCAGAGCCCGUCCCCGGUGCUCCACAGCGCCUCCUGUCUGGCAGAGGAUGUAAGUGCAGGUUGCCAUCUGCAAAAUUCUCACUUCAUAUCAACUUUUUCUCGUGUUUUGAUGAGAACAUGUGUUACUCAGCUGACAGAGGAGCUCAAGGAUGGGCAACUUGAGGAGGAUGAAAAAGAGCUACUACUCCUAUUGAGUGCUCCUCACCUUAAGGCUGUGCUGUCAGCCCACGACACAGUGGCCCAAAAGAACUUUGACCCGAUGCUGCCACCCCUGCCAGAGGACGUGGACGACGACUUGGAGGAGGAGUCUGUCAAGAUUGUGCGCCUGGUGAAGAACAAGGAGCCUCUGGGAGCGACUAUCCGGCGGGACGAGGUCACAGGGGCUGUCAUCGUGGCUCGGAUCAUGAGGGGAGGGGCUGCCGACCGCAGCGGUCUGGUGCAUGUGGGGGAUGAGUUGCGGGAGGUCAAUGGCAACCUGAUAACCCACAAACGGCCAGAUGAAAUUAGUCACAUUCUGUCACAGUCGCAAGGCUCCAUCACCCUUAAAAUCAUCCCGGCCAUCGUGGAAGAAGACAAGAUGAAGGAAAGCAGGGUCUACCUGAGAGCUUUGUUUGACUACGUGCCCUUUGAGGACAGGGCCACACCCUGUCAGGAGGCGGGGCUUCCUUUUAAAAGGGGGGACAUCCUUCAGGUGGUGAGUCAGGAGGACGCCACCUGGUGGCAGGCCAAGAGAGUGGGAGACUGCAACCUGCGCGCCGCCCUCAUCCCCUCCACACACUUUCAGGAAAGGCGCUUAAGGUACCGCCUGAAGACCGGCUCCUUCCCAGCCUCCAUGUCUCCCAUAGUGACCACAUACGAGCGGGCUGAACAAGACGACGCCGACGUUGAGGGGAAGGACAUCGUUUCUCCCACAUCAAAGGUAGCAGCUGCCUUCUGCGGCCAUGCUUUCUCGUGGGAUUUGAACCCAGCUGGCCUGCGCAGAAGUUUCCGGCUCAAGAAGGACCGCCACGAUUCACCGGGAGAGCCUCGCACUCCGGAUGCCAAUCACGCCGAUUUCCUGAUUUACGAGGAAGUCACGCUUUAUUUGCCGCGGCCCGGGGAGAGGCCUCGUCUCAUCGUGCUGCUAGGAUCCCUCGGCGCUCGUAUCGCUGAGCUCAAACAGAAGGUGAUUGCCGAGAAUCCUAGGCUUUACGGCCUGGCUGUGCCUCACACCACGCGACCCAGAAAGAGUCACGAGCGAGAAGGCGUGGAGUACCACUUCAUCACCAAAGCAGCGUUUGAGGCGGACAUGCACAAUGGCAAAUUUAUUGAAUACGGGGAGUAUAAAGACAAUCUCUAUGGCACCAGUUUGGAGUCCAUUCACGGGAUUCUGGAUCAGAACAAGAUCUGCCUUGUGGACGUGCAGCCUGAGGCACUGCUGAUUCUUCGCACAUCCGCAUUCAAGCCCUUCAUCAUCUUCGUGAGACCCACCGUGUUCGACAGCGAGAGGAAAUCUCUCAGCUCCUGUUCCUCGCUACACAGCAUGGCCAUCAUGGAGCAUGACAUCCAGGACAUGAGACAGUCGGCAGAAAAGAUGGAGCAGUGCUACGGUCACUGGGUGGAUUACGUGCUGGUCAAGGAGGACCCAGUCAGUGCCAUAGCAGAACUACAUGUGAUUCUGGAGCGUGUGCGUAUGGAGCCUCAGUGGGUGCCCUUGUCCUGGGUAAGGACCUAGCUAACCCGUCUACUUGCCAAACUGUCCAUUCCAUGCUUGGAGCUCUAAGCUUUUUAAAUGUUGACUGUGUAGUGCAGUGGUAGAGUAGUGUCAUGUGAUGUAGUGGUUGUGGGAUGACCUUGCUACAAAGUGCCAAAUGAAACGCAUUGCCGUAGGUAGACGGUCAAAUAAUGAUGCAUACUGGCAGCUACUUCUCAAUGUUAAAGUGUGGUUUUUUUUCCAAGCGUUUGGUUGAUGACAACAAUAAUGAAGUCUUUUCAAAUGACACUGUUGUGGGCUGUUUAUUUUAGGACAACACUUACAAAUAACCAAAAAGCAGGAAAAUAUACAAGUGUGGCUGUUUGCAAGAAAAAAAAGACAGUAUAUUACUUCCACAGCUUCUUGAUGGACAUGUUCUUCUCACUGUCUUUCUGCAUCACCUGGGGGACACACAGGGGAACAGUUAGCCAAAACAUGAUGUACCCUAGCAUUCAUGUUUAAGAAAAGAAAAAGAUGGAUGAGAGCUGUUUUAACAAUGUUUAUUAAUGUGGCGGUUGCAUUGUGUUUUCUAAUAUUCUGCCCAUCUACAACUAAAAGUGCUGUUGUACAAAACAAUAAGCAAUGUUAAAUUAAUCCAUCAGAACUGAGCAUUACUUUAAAAUACGGCUGCAGCUAACGAUUUCUUAAUCGAUUGAGUAAGGGGGACUAGACAGACCAAUAUGAACCAAAUACAGUUAAGUGGUUUGGUCCGCACCAUAUCAGAAAAGAGGCAAAAAUGUCGAUUACUGUUUUGCCUAAAACGCGAAGAUAAUAGGUCUGCUUUCGUGGAUGACUAAGGAAAUUAAAAUAACAUUUGAGAGGCUGAAAUCAGGAUAUUUACAUGUCAUGUCAUGCCAAUCAAAUACCAUUUCACUGGAGAACCGAUUAAUCAUUGAUUGUUGCAGCUCUACUUUGAAAUGGUUUAAUUUUUGAUACAACUCUUGUAUUGCUCUCAUUGCCUAGUGUGCCUAAUGUUGUGGCUAAUCUCAGUACAAUUAACUACAAAUAAAAUGGAACAGAAGGUGACGAACCUUUGCCACAGCCAUCUCAAAGUCCUCCUGGGUGACAUGCACUCUCCUUUCUCUCAGUGCAUACAUGCCAGCCUCUGUGCACACUCCCUGAACAAACACACAUUAAAAUUAGGUGUACACACACAAACCGUGUUAGCGUCAAAGGAGGCAGCUCUCACCUUAACCUCAGCGCCUGAAGCCCCGGGCAUGAGCUCAGCUAUCUUCCUCAGGUUAAUGCCGCGCGUUAGGUUCAUCUUCCUGGAGUGGAUCUUAAGAAUGUCAAGACGGGCCUAAUGGAGAAGAGGUAUGUCUAAAUGUAGGACACCAUUAUGUGAUAUCACAGCAAGCAUACAUGCAAGCAUCUACCUCUUCAUUUGGAGGCGGGAACUCAAUCUUCCUGUCAAUCCUGCCUGGCCUGAGUAGGGCUGAGUCCAGGAUGUCAAUACGGUUGGUGGCCAUGAUGACCUGGAGGCGUCACAGAGAUCAUUUAGACUAAGAGAGCCGAUAAGCAUGGUUCAGCAGUGAGUGAAAGUGUUGCAUUACCUUGAUGUUCUUGGUGGCCUCGAAGCCGUCCAGCUGAUUAAGGAGCUCCAACAUGGUCCUCUGCACCUCGCUGUCUCCACCUGAACCCCCCUCCAGGCGAGAUGAGCCAAUGGAGUCAAUCUCGUCCAUGAAGAUGAUAGAGGGCGCGUGCUCUCGGGCCAUGACAAACAGCUCACGCACCAUCCGAGCGCCUGGAACGGGGGAAGGUGGAGUAAUUUUGAUAAAGUCUAAUUAAAAAGGUACAUUUUUAUAAAAGUGACUUUACUGUUUGUUUAUGUGCAACCAAUGUGUGUGUAAACGCUCAAUACCAGCAUCAGGCUAGACACACUUCCGUUACACUUUUAUGGGACCUCUAAACAGCUCACCCUCUCCAAUGAACUUCUGGACCAGCUCAGACCCUGACACCCUGAUAAAGGUGCAGUCAGUGUGGUGGGCAACAGCUCUGGCCAGUAGGGUCUUCCCUGUACCUGGAGGUCCAUACAGCAACACACCCUAAAAAGAAUCAUAUCGUCUGAGAACUUCCUCAACAUCAGCAUCACCGGCUCAAGUCAUUUUUUGCUGACCUUUGGUUGUGCGAUUCCCAAAGCUUCAAAAAGCUCCGGGUGCUUGACAGGCAGUUCAAUGACUUCCUUGAUCUCCUUGAUCUGCUUGUCCAGACCACCAAUCAUCUCAUAGGUCGAGUCUGGAACCUUCUCCACCAUCAUGAGGGACACCAGAGGGUCCACCUUGUUGGGGAGGAUCUUGUGCAGAGUAUAGCUGUCGUUGCGAAGUGCCACACGACAAUUUGGGGUCACCUUUGUGAGAACAUAUUUAAGGAUGAAAUAAAUAGGUUGCACAAUCAUUUCUGUCUUUAUUUCGUAUAUACUAUAGGGACUACAGUAACAUAGAAAAAGGCACAAAAAUUACAUUAGGCCAAAAAAAGACUGUCAAAGUUAACGCGUUAAUGGAAACUUCCUUUAAUGGGACUAUUUUUUUUUUUAAUGCACGAUUAACGUGUGCACUCCCUGUUUGACAAUCUGCCCACGCUGUAGUUUGAGCAAACGCAGCGGUGGAUGUGGAACCACAAGCAGGAAAAAAUACUGAGCAGAAAGGGACAAAGAAAAGGAUAUUUUGAAUGGUAAGUUUAGUUUCAAAAGCAGAUGGCUCUCGCAACAAGACCAAAGUUAUUUGUAUCUACUGUCGCUGUGAGUUGAGUUGUCACGGAGUACGUCCACUGCCAGAGAGAAGUGAGAAGGUACUGUGGAAUUGUUUUUUAUUGUCAUUUAAACUGUGGUACCUUGGCAUACAAGUGUUCCAACAGGUGUUUUUUUUUUAGUUACGAGCUGUCUUUCGGCUGUUUUUUUGCUUUGAACUGUGUGCUAAAAUUUGGAUUAUGAGCUGCCAGUUACCAGCAGGCAUAGCAGAGGACAGCUUUUUGGGACUGACCAGAAACGAGUGGCUGUAAAGAGCAUUAGCAGCGUGCUAUCUGGUCACCAGGAAAGAUUUAACACAUCAGCAAAACAUACGUACAUUAUAGCAAUCUAAUUGAUCUUGACAGGAACAACAUCAAAUUAAAAGCACUAAAAUGUGUAGAGCCACCAUCCACCAGUACAAGCAUGGACUUUGUUUUUCCAGAGAGGUGAACCAAAGAAAUACACACAUUAGCACUCAAUAAGGUCAUCAAAUCUUACCUCUAUACAUUCCCACAUAGUAUCAGCAUUUGGGACCAAAUAUGAGGUGAAAGAAAAAGGGGAAAAAUACAGUAUAGUAGUCCAUCUGUGCAGCGUGGUAGAAUGUUGGUGUGUUCAAGGAUCUUGGAACUAAGUCGGACACGUUGCCGCUCAGAUUUAAACACAUGCUAAAAACUGGGGGAUUUUUGACUGUAUAUUUAUAUAUUUUUUAAAUAAUGGGCCAUAUUUUCA